AUGAUGGAUACAUCAGCUCAUCACAGCGACGUAUUGCUUCUUGAGGAAUUAGAGAAUAAUCGACAGGAGCUACACGCUGCCCGCCGACACAUUGAAAUCCUCACAGCAAAUGUCAGACAUCUAGAGAAUGACAACACAGAACUGAACAACAUCCUCUCAGAAAAAUCACAGCUACACAAAAACUCACAGUCCUGUGACACAGGGAAGACUGAUGCUAAAUAUCGGCAGGAGAUGGCAGCAUGCCAGGAGAUGCUGGAAGAAGCUCUGACCUCAGACAGGGAAGCUAAAGAGACAAUAAAGAAACUUGAAGAACAGCUCAGAGUCGCUGUAGAGACAGCUUCAUCAGCCGCCCCUCUAUCAGAUGUAGAUAAUGAUGAAGAAAUAGCUGCAUUACAGCUCAAGAUUUUAGAUUUGGAAGAAGAGAAGAGUGACCUGAAGUUGAAACUGUAUGAGAAUGCCUUGGAGUUGAAGCAGAAGACUGACCAAGUAACCAGACUACAGCAAGAGUUGGCAGAAAAGGAUGAAGAGAUCGAGUGUAUGGAGAGCCAGUUUACAACACAGUGUAGCAUCAGUGAGCGUCUGCGAGAAGAAAACUUGGAAAUGAGGGCACAGCUGGAGACAGAAACUGGUCACGUGGACGUUGGCAAGAAAGGAAAUUCUUUAUUUGCUGAGGUUGAUGAUCGUCGAAUUAUAGCUGAAAAGAAAAUUGUCAAGGUGGAAUCAGUCAUGAGGGAGUUGGAGGAGAAAUUAACCAAGGAACAGAAGGAGAACAAGAGAUUAAAGCUUCAGAUACUCCUGCUGCGACAGACCUCUAGUAAAGGGUAUGAUGAUAGUGUGGUCAAGAAUCUGCAGGGACAGCUUAUGGAGAGCAAGAGGACAAUCAUCAGCCUCACAGAACAACUGCAGACACGGCAGCCAUCUUUGAAGCACAACCGACCGCAGGAAGCCAAGAUCUCUGUAGCUGAGAGUGCUACUGAUAGUGAUAAAAUAUUCAUUAACUUUCUGCAAGGAAUUAUCACACAGAAAACGAAAGAAGCAGAGGAAGCAAAAGCGGAAGCCCAGCAGAACCAUCUGCAGACUCUGCGCACAGAAAUCUGGGUGACAGAGUUCAAGCAUGAGGUCAUGACCGUGACCAAUGAGUGUGACAGACUGAAGGUCAUGAACUCUCACCUUACCAUGGCUAUUCAGGAGAUGCAGAGGAAAUAUGAACCAGAGCUUUUUGCGCCACCUUCGAAAGAGAAGAUCAAGAUCCCUCUCGGUGAACCAGAACACCACCUGUCAUCGCAGAACAACAAGCAGCAGCAAAAUGUGGUCGCCCCAGGUUCAGGUUAUGUUCCAGAAAGAACACCUCCUCAUAAAAACUUCUCAGCUCACGAGGCUGUGUCAGAUGAGAAUAGGGUUAUAAAAGGGAUUGACAAACAUUCUAAAGAAAAUGUUCCCCUUGGGCAGUCAGAUGUUGCUGGCACCUGGCAGGGGAAGUCAGUCCGAAUGAUGUCGCAAGUGGAUGUGAUAUCUUCACAAGGGGAGCACAACUUAGAGGAGUUAAAGGCAGACGGUCAGGGCCAGAAGGUCAAGAAAAUCAAAGGAGCAGGAGGAACAGGGAAAUACAGGAGCGUGAAUCAUAUGAAUGUUGAUUCACAGCCGACUGAAUGUAACCAACAGUGA